UGUAUGAAGGCUGGACAAAAGAAUGAUGAUGAUUGAUAAGAACAGGCACAGUGGCAGUAAUGUAAAUAAAUAGAAAAAAGUAGCGUGUGUGUGUGAAGCGUGAUUCAUCAUCAUCUUCUUCAUCCGUUGUGUGUCCGUUUCUUGUUCACUGAGCUCAGAACUCAGAACUCAGAAUUAGUAAUGGCCACACUUCCCUUCUUCCCUUCCUUAAUUCCUUCUUCUUCUUCUUCUUCUUCUCCUAACAACCUUCACCUACUUCAUCAUUCCUCAACUGCACACUUUCACCUUCACGCUUCUUCUUCUUCUUCGGUUUCUGCUACUACGAACCACAACACUAAAACCACAAGGACUCGCAGGAGAAGUCGGAGGCUCAAAACCGACGCCGAGAUCUGCAACGAUAUCCGAGAGUUCCUCGCCUCCGUUGGCCUUCCGCACCACCAUGUUCCCUCCACCAAGGAGCUACUCCGCCACGGAAGGAACGACCUGGCAAACAUUGUUAGACGGAGGGGACAUAAACAAAUUGAAGAGCUUCUCACGAGUUCAUUCAAUGCCAAUCUUGAUUCUGAAACCUCUUUCGAUGAGAGACCGGAUUCUGCAGAUGAUUGCCGAGGUCUUUUGACAGGUCAGAAUGGGAAUGUGGACAAUUUGGUUGAUGAUGUAACGCCAUCAACUGAAGUUUAUUUCCGGAAUAAUUCUGGUAGUUUGGACAUUGAUUCGAGUAAAACUUUAGAUGAAUGUACUUCCACCCCUGUAGGAUCCUCUGUAAAUCCAAUGAUGGAUAAUGGCAUUAGUGAGCUGACAGAUCACAUUGAAGUGGUCGACCCUGUAGAGGAGGGUUAUUUCUACCACACUGAAGUGGCUGUUGCAGAUAAUGAUUUCAGUAGUUCAAGGGAAGGCCUUUCUGCUAACUUCAGUAAUCAAAGUUCCAUCAUGCCUUUAGAAAUUUCUGGUGAACAACCAUUUGGGUCAGAGUAUUCUGAAAAUUCGGAGAGUGAGCAGAGUUUAGUGGGAAAAACAGUUGGAGACACAAACUUACCCUCCCCAGUUCUUUCCAUGGAAAACCAUUACAGUAGUUCAUUUAAUGAUUCCGAGACUGUUGACGCUGAAGAGUACACGUGUGAAUUAGAAGCUUUAGAUGACAGCAAUAACAAUACUGCUGAAGAUGUUCGCUCAUUCUUUGAAGUUUCCACUAUGGAAAACCUAUCUGUUGAGAACCAAGGUGAUUCAGCUCAUUCUGCUGGGAGCAGUUCCAUAAAUGUAGACUCUUUGGCCAACUUGUCUUUGGAGGAAAAGGUUGCAAAUUUUAUUCAGAAUGGAGAUUUAGAUCCAGUUGAAGAUGGGUAUGAUUCCCAGGAAAAUAAAGUGAAUAUUGGAGCAGAAGCUGCUGUUGAUAUGCCCCUAGGUAUCCUUCCACCUGAAGACAAUAAUUCCAUGGCACAUAAUGGGAGCUCAUUGACAUCCCAGCAUGUUGUUCCAUCUGGAACAUCAAAUCAGCUCUUUGGGGAUGAGCAGAUGCAGCAUGAAAUGCUUAAGAAUAGUUUAUCAGAAGGAGUUGGAGCUGUUUCGGCUGAAGGAACAGAUCGUGAAGGAAAAGGUAGAUGA